AUGCAAGAUACGCAAACAAUAACCUUGGCAGCGUGUUCCACCAAUAGCUCUCAGAACGCCGCUCAUGGCCAAAAGCCUGAGAGCAUCCUCCAAAAACCAAAAGAAGCAACAGAACGGUUGACCGAGUCAACCUUCAGCCGAGAAGAGGUCCGGAUAGUCGUUGUGUGUGCUUUACCAUUGGAAGCCGACGCUGUCUGCGCUCUCUUCGACAAACCUUGUGAUGCGGAUCUCAGUGAAAUGAAGGCCCCUAGAGAUACCAACGCUUACACCUUUGGCAUCAUCGGCCGGCAUCCUACUGUGGUCGUUCACAUGCCUGGGAUGGGGAAGACCAAUGGUGCGAUCACGGCGACAAAAUGUCAAAGCAGCUUCCCAAACGUGAAGCUCGCACUAGUCGUGGGAAUUUGUGGUGGGGUUCCUUUUUACGACAAAGGAAGGAAAGAGAUCAUACUUGGGGAUGUGAUAAUCAGCGAAGGCCUCAUCGCUUAUGACUUUGGGAGAAGGUUUCCAGACAGCUUCGUCACCAAAAACUCCCCAGGAGACGCUUUUGCCAGGCCCCCUGUUGAAGUCAGGUCGCUUCUUAACAAGCUCAAGUGCCGAGCUGAUCUCCGGAGAUUUCGAGAGAGGACGUGUGAGCACCUCGCAUUCCUAAGACAGAGUCCCGAUUGCCAAGCAGUGUACCCAGGCGCUACCGAGGAUCAGCUUUUUGAAGGAACAUAUGUGCAUAGGCACAACAACCCGGAUGCUUGCCAAAAGUGCUCAAAUCCAGCCAACGUUUCCAAUAGCGUUUGCGACCAAGCCCGAAGUUCGUCAUGCGAAGAACUCUCCUGCGACAAGGCUAAACUCGUGCCUCGUCGGCGGCUUGAGGAUAUCAUGCGCGGCGCAUCGGUCUCCGUGCCUGCUGUUCACUUCGGUUAUAUCGCAUGCGGAGACCAGGUUAUGAAGUCAGGAGAACACCGCGACAGGAUCGCGGAGGAGAAUGGUGUUAUUGCGUUUGAGAUGGAGGGCGCGGGGGUUUGGGAUACUUUUCCGUGUCUUGUUAUCAAAGCUGUAUGCGAUUACGCUGAUAGUCAUAAGCAUAAGAAGUGGCAAGAUUAUGCUGCUGCCACAGCAGCGGCUUGUGCGAAGGCGUUUCUGCAGGAAUGGCACAUUUAG